UCCCUUCUACGGAUAGUUCAUGCCUUCUAUUUACUACAACUUUCAAUAUAAUGUACCUCUCUGUAUAUACGCGCGCGAUUUUUUAAAAACCGAAUAAAUAAAAGUGAAAUUAGGAAAGUGAAAUUCGCGAAAAUGGUCGAUUUAAAAAGUGAUCCAGUUGCUACACCAAAAAAAUCAAAACACGGACUGUCGAUGACCGCCGUGAAAAAUUGGUUACUUCCCGAGAAGAAAAUUGCCGAGAAUCCCCGCCAACGUAUGCCUGAAUCAUUUUUACGCUCUAUCAGGCGUAGAUCAUUACGAGUUAAAAGGACUAAAUCCUUGGUUUUAAACGAAAAACGUAAAUCUGAUUCUUUUGUUAAUAGUCAAGAAUGGACAUUAAGUCGAUCUGUGCCAGAUUUAAGAUUAGGUAUAGUCGGAUCUCUUUCUUCGGGAAAAUCGGCGUUAGUACAUCGGUACUUGACCGGUUCAUACAUGCAAGAGGAAUCACCUGAAGGAGGCCGGUUUAAAAAGGAAAUUUUAGUCGAUAAUCAAAGUUACCUUUUACUUAUUCGCGAUGAAGGUGGUCCACCGGAGUUACAAUCGCAACUGAGAGACGCUCUUAACCCGCGACACAGUUGCACGUUCAAAUCCAGUCGCGAGACGAAGCAGCUGAAUGUGCGACUCAGUCGCGCUGCUGGCUGUUUAACAGCGCUGCACUGCGUUCUGUGUCGCUGCUAA